GGCCAGUCCGUUGCAUUAAUGAAGGACUUUUAUGACGAAGCUAUGAAAAAGAAGGAAGAGAAGGCGCGCAAAAAACUCGAAAGGAUGGAGGUCAAGGAACGUGAGAAAGCUGAACAAGAGAAGGCGGAACGAAAGGCUAGAAAAAAACUGGAGAAAGCUAGUCGGGAGGCUCAACUAGAGGCUGAGCGAAGGGCCGAGCUUCGGAGGGAUAACGAUAUCCACCUGGCGAUACGGCUAAGUAAGAUGGAGGAGAACUUCUCCUUUAAGAUGCAGUGCGUGAUUGAGCCACUGAAGGAAUUGAUUCGGAAGGGAAAGAAGAAGGCGACGUAUGCUUCUGGAAGCGACUCGGAUGCUGACGAAGCAAGUGACACGAGUCUUCCACCGAAGCGUGCACCUAAGCAGGGAGCAUUGCGACCUUCUGCUCUCACGGGGCGCUUGCCUCGAUCGAAGAAGACGGUGAAAUCACCCGGGUCCACUAAGCGUAAGACACCUGUGAAGACGCCACUCGCCAAGAUCUUGAGGACGCCUUCGAAGGCCGCGACGCCAAUGACAAGGGCGCUGAAGCGUCUUAGGUUCCGGGACCUUGUCCUGAAGGACCUAAAAAAUCUCGACGCCACGGAACUGCAACGUAUUUGCAAAGAGGAGGGUGUGCCUUAUGAUGGUAUGUUAUUCCCUCGCUCAGACGAACAUGUUCGCUUUCGCAUUAGUGAACUUGAAGGCACUCACCCGCUGCUACAUAACGCUAGGAAUGUUCCCAAGGUGGUCAGAAGUGAUAGGCUGGUCCUGUUGAAACACGAGAUUGAGGACGACUUUCGUAACUGGCAGAAUUGGAACGGCGAUCUGCCGUGUUUUUCCGCUGAUAACCUUCAGGGCUGCAUGACUGCUGUAUCCAAUGUAUCGGAUUCCUACCUUUCUUCCCAGAUCGUAUGUGAUUUGCGUGUGAAGCUCCGUGGCCUGGUGCUCUCUCCCCUGGACCGUAGUCCAGGUGAGACCAUAACCAUGUGCCCGUUGUUGUACUAUAAUGCCAUGAUGUCUACCUUUGUUCUGAAUUCUGGGUAUCGGAUUAUGCACGUGUCGGAUCGCGAGAUCCUUGGGGAGAUCAAAGAGGAUGUUGAAAGGAAAGGGUUGGCCAAGUUUGCAAGAUGGGACAAGGCGGGGGAGUUUGGGUCAGCGUAUGUACUGCCAAAACACAAGGACCUGGACAGAUAUCGGCCCAUCUGCCCUACUUUUAAAGAACCCAUGGUACGGACGGGCAGAGUUGUGUCGUGCGCUGAACUUUCUUUUGCAGUCCUUGCCAAAGAAGUGGCACUUUAACCUCAUGUUUGUCAAGUUUAGUAGUAGUAGGGUCGGGACUGAUCUUUUCGGUACAGGUUCUGGGCCUACCCCUGUCAUACGGGGGGUAGGACCUUGUUUUUUCACUUUCGGGUUUGAACCCGUAACAUGUGUAUGCGUUGAAUAAUGUUUUGUCUUUGUUAGAAUAGUCCAGAGUUCUUUUUUUGGCUUGUUUGUUUGUGGAAGGUAUAUAGGACGCCACUGCAAUUGAUUCCUCCCUUCAGGUCUGACGUUCUCACUAGACCUGCCGGUGGCCGGAGACCAGUGGGAAUAGCGGACGGAAGUGGGUUUGCGGUUCGAAUGGUUAGUACGGGAAUGCCGGUGGAAUCCCCCUGAUGAUGACGGCGUGGCUGCCGUCAAAAUGCGUCGGGGACGCCAAUUACUGGGUGUAAUUCUUUCAAUUAAUCAAUUGCUUUGUCCUGA